UCUAGGGCCCAGCCUUCCAGAGGGGUCUUGUCUCCUUCACUCCUUUACUAUUUCUUAAUUUUAUAUCCCAUUUUACUGAAACACAAUGAGCCAAUAUAAGCAAUAUAGUUCUAGUUCUGUCAUCAGCUCAGGCAAGGGCAAGUCUAGCUUCAGUUCAGCCUCUCUGUCCAGAGGUAGUGGAGGAUUCGGAUCAGGUGGUGGUGGAGGAGGUUUAGGAUUUGGAUCAGGUGGUAGUGGAGGAGGCUUUGGUAGCAGAAGCCUUUACAGUGUAGGAGGCAGGAAAACCAUCUCAAUCAGUGGUGGAGCUGCUCAAGGUGGAUUUGGAGGUGGAGCAGCAGGGUUUGGUGCAAGGGCUGGUGGUGGUGCUGGCUUUGGUGGAGGGUCUUUUGGAGGAUCCUUUGGGGGAUCCUUUGGAGGAGCUGGAUAUGGACCUGCCGGAGGUCCUGGUUUUUCCUCUGGUGGUAUUCAAGAAGUUACAAUCAACCAAAGCCUUUUAGCACCAUUGAAUUUGGAGAUUGACCCAAAUAUUCAGAAGGUCCGCCUGGAAGAAAGAGAACAGAUAAAAACUCUGAAUAACAAAUUUGCUUCUUUCAUUGACAAGGUUAGAUUUCUUGAACAACAAAAUAAGGUGCUGGAGACAAAAUGGAGCCUUUUACAAGAACAAGGUGGUCAAAUCAAGGGCUCUCGUAGAAACCAAACUGAGCCCAUUUUUGAUGCGUAUAUUAGUAGCCUCAAGAGACAAUUGGAUUCCUUGCAGAAUGAUAAAUUCAAGCUUGAUGGUGAACUAAGAAGCAUGCAAGAUUUGGUUGAUGAUUUUAAGAACAAAUAUGAAGAUGAAAUUAAUAAGCGUACAUCAGCUGAGAACGAUUUUGUUGUUAUUAAGAAGGAUGUUGAUGCUGCCUAUAUGAACAAGGUAGAGCUGGAAGCCAAAGUAGAUGCCUUGACUGAUGAAAUCAACUUCUUGAGGACCUUUUAUGAAACAGAAUUAGCACAACUGCAGGCUCAAAUCUCAGACACCUCUGUAAUUCUGUCCAUGGACAAUAACCGUGCUUUGGACCUCGACAGCAUCAUAGCUGAGGUGAAGGCUCAGUAUGAAGAGAUUGCCAAGAAGAGCCGAGCUGAAGCUGAAGCCACUUAUCAAGUCAAGGUUUCAGAACUGCAAAGUUCUGCAGGCCAACAAGGUGAUCUUCUGCGCAACACCAAGAAUGAGAUCUCAGAACUGAACCGCAAAACCCAGAGGCUGCGCGCUGAAAUCGAAAAUGUGAAAAAACAGACUGCUAAACUACAAACAGCUGUUGCUGAAGCAGAGGAGCGAGGAGAACUUGCUCUAAAAGAUGCCCAAUCAAAACUUUCUGAGCUUGAGACAGCAUUGCAGAAGGCCAAACAGGAAAUGGCACGCCAGCUGCGUGAAUACCAGGAACUGAUGAGCGUAAAACUGGCUUUGGACAUUGAGAUUGCAACCUACAGGAAACUGCUGGAAGGAGAGGAAAUUAGGUUGGGUGCAGACAACAAUGUGAGCAUUUCUGUGGUCUCUGGGACGAAGAGUUCCUUUGGAGGUGCAGGUGGAGCCGGUGGAGCCGGUGGAGGUUAUAGCAUUGGAGGAGGCGGUGGUUUUGGAAGUGGUGGUUUUGGAAGUGGUGGUUUUGGAAGUGGUGGCUUUGGUAGCGGUGGAGCUGGUGGUGUUUCCUAUAGCGCUGGAGGAGGUUCUUCAUUCAGCUCUUCAAGUUCUGCAGGAUACGGUGGUUUAGGAGGCAGCAGCUCUGUGAAAUACGUAUCAAGCCAGUCAAGUUAUAGGAGUUAAUUAUGAUAAUGCAGGAUAACCAAAUGCCCAAACUGUAGCCACAUUUCAUUGCCUGCUAAUAAAGAUAGUGAGCUUUUGUGUUCCCAGCAAAUGAUUAUGUACGGCUGAUCCUAUCCUUGUGUUUUCUAAAAUAUCUUGGGGCUCAUUUUAAAAUGAUUGUAUAACUAGAGGUAUUUUUUAAAAUGUUUUAAGCUCAAGUAAUUCAAAGGCUUCAAUUUUAUAAAUGUCCUUAACACUGUGAUCACUACUGUAAUGGAAGAAGCAGAAAUCACAAAUAAAUCUCAUUAAUGUUUUUAAAAA